UCCUGUAUUCAGAGACCGGGCCGACAUGCAGCGCUGCCCGCACAGAAUGCUGCUGCUGUCCCAGCUUCCGGAGGACGUUCUCUACCAUAUCUUGUCCCAUUUGGACUGCACAUCCCUCAGUCGCCUCUCUCAAGUUUGUAAAAGUAUUUACCGCUUUGUGAGCCGAGACGAAGUGUGGAGGAAGAUUGCUAAAGAAUGUUUAAACACUGGAAUUACUCGAAAUGGAACGGACAUAUAUCCUGACCUCCAGCUGAAGGAGAGAGUGAAGGUUGCUCACAACUGGUUGAGCGGGCUCUGCAAAAGAACAAUUCCUCUCAAAUGGAAAACAAAGCUGUUGCCAUGGCUGCAGCUGGAUGGGGACAUGCUGUAUCUGUCUCAGGCUGCUGAUAUUGGAGCAUUCCAUCUGUGCCGAGACUCUGGGAGGCUCCAGCGUCACCCGUCUGAAAUCUUCUCGGGUCACAAGGGUGAUGUGUGUCGCUUUGUUCUGACGGACUCUCACCUGGUCAGCGGGGGAAGUGAAGGCAGGAUCCUGGUUCACAGCCGGGCCCGGGACACGUGUCUGGAGUUAUCAGGUCACAACCAGGAGGUCAACUGCCUGGACGCUAAAGGGGGACUCAUCGUCAGCGGAUCCAGAGACCGAACCGCCCGGAUGUGGACUUUGACUUCUAGCCACCCCAGAGACACCUUCCCCAUGUCUGACAGAGUGUGGUCUGUUGCCAUCAGUCCCACAUUGAGAUCCUUUGUAACAGGCACCGCAUGCUGUGAGAACACGUCGCCUCUUCGCGUCUGGGAUGUUGAACGAGCCCAGUGUGUUGGCAACCUGGGCCUGGGGUUCCGCCGCGGUGCCGGGGUGUUGGACAUGCAGUUUGAGUCUCCGUCGCAGCUCUUCACCUGCGGCUAUGACACCUUCAUCCGACUGUGGGACCUGCGACUGAACCCAGGGAAGUGUGUGAUGGAGUGGGAGGAGCCUCAUGACAGCGCUCUGUACUGCCUUCAGACAGACGGGAAUCACAUGAUAGCCAGCGGCUCCUCGUACUACGGGGGGGUGCGUCUAUGGGACAAACGUCAGGCUGCAUGUCUGCAGUUCUUCCAGCUGAGCUCCCGCCCGGUGAGCAGCCCUGUGUACUGCCUGAGGUUCAGCAGCUCUCACUUGCACGCUGCCCUCGCCUCCUCCCUGCACUCACUGGACUUCAGACAGAACAAUGUCUACAUCAGAUGACACACACACACACACACACACAUCAUUUUAAAUUAAUCUGUUCAAUAAAGCUGUCUUUUUUCACAAGAUAUAUUUCA